CAUCCUCUGUCCACCAUGGACAACGGGUCGUGCUGCCUCAUCGAGGGGAACCCCAUCUCUCAGGUGAUGCCGCCACUGCUGAUCCUGGCCUUCGUGCUCGGCGCGCUGGGCAAUGGUGUCGCCCUGUGUGGUUUCUGCUUUUACAUGAAGACCUGGAAGCCGAGCACCAUUUACCUUUUCAACUUGGCCGUGGCCGACUUCCUUCUCAUGAUCUGCCUGCCCUUCCGGACGGACUACUACUGGAGACACAGGCAGUGGGCCUUCGAGGACAUCCCGUGUCGGGUGGCCCUCUUCAUGCUGGCCAUGAACAGGGCGGGGAGCAUCCUCUUCCUCACGGUGGUGGCAGUGGACAGGUACUUCAAAGUGGUCCACCCCCACCACGCGGUGAAUGCCAUCUCCAACCGGACCGCAGCUGGCAUCGUCUGUGCCCUUUGGGCCAUGGUCAUCCUGGGGACUGUCCAUCUUUUGAUGGAGAACCAUCUGUGCAUGGACGAGAAGACCAUAUCCUGCGAGAGUUUCAUCAUGGAGUCGGCCAACGGCUGGCACGACAUCAUGUUCCAGCUGGAGUUUUUCCUGCCCCUUGCCAUCAUCCUCUUUUGCUCCUUCAAGAUCGUUUGGAGCCUGAGGCAGAGGCGGCAGCUGGCCAGGCAGACCCGGAUGAAGAAGGCCACCCGGUUCAUCAUGGUGGUGGCCGUUGUGUUCGUCACGUGUUACCUGCCCAGCGUGUCGGCCAGACUCUACUUCCUCUGGACGGUGCCCUCGAGCGCCUGUGACCCCUCGGUCCACGUAGCCCUCCACGUCACCCUCAGCUUCACCUACAUGAACAGCAUGCUGGACCCCCUGGUGUAUUAUUUUUCGAGUCCCUCGUUCCCCAAGUUCUACACCAAGCUCAAAAUCCGCAGCUUGAGACCCAAGAGGCCAGGACGCUCCGAGACCCAGAGCCCGGAAGAGAUGCCAAUUUCAAGCCUCUGUCGCAAGAGUUGUGUCAGCGUGGCCAACAGCGUCCGGAGCCAAUCCAACGGGCAGUAAGAUCUCCAAAUGUGCGGGCUGGCCCUGAAACAGGCAGACAGACAAAACGAGGGAGGACAGACCGAUGACCUAGAAAGAGUUUGUGCUAAGGGGCUGAGAGGCUUUUGAAAAUACCGCCUGCUCGCGGUAGAGCAGUAGCCUCUACUGCUCUGUCUGGAAAUGGAAUGCAGGUUACUAUGCCUUUUUGGAAGGUUCCAACCGAGGAGUGAGUCAGUUGCCUUUCUAUGACCCGACUGCAAUGACGGGACAAGAUGGGCAUGAAAUGGGGCGAGGGGAAGAGCUCGGCUCCUGUGUAGUUUGAAACAGCUGAGUAAACGGCGUCAGCGCGUGGAAACCAGUCAUGUUCUCUCUCUAGGGGAGUCGGGGAACUUAAUGACUUAGCGGUAUUUCCUAUCCUCUGACCUUAUGUCGUUACUCGUUUUAGAAAGCAGACACCAGAGUAAGUCAAUAUUUCAGGCUGAGUGAGGCUCAUUAGAGGGGACUGGGCCCCUGGGUAGGGUUCUGAUUUCUGGGUCGCCGGGGAAGAUCUGCUCUGACCUUCUCAGAG